GGUAUACAACACAACACAACACAACACAACACAACACAACAGGUUUUACAUUUCUGGGGGUUUUCUGUUUUGCAGUCCCAAAAAAUGCAUCAAUGCAGUUUCAUAGCAAAAGAGGCCAAUGUGACCCUUGGGUGUAUAGGCAGGGAACUCCCAAGCAGGAGCAAGAAGGGCAGGUUACAUCCUGUGUUUUGGACACUGGUGCAGCUCCUGCUGUUCUGGUGCCCACAGUUUAAGGAGAGGUGGAUCAAGUGGACUGGAUUCAGGGAAGAGUCAUAGGAAUAAAUAAAGUAGUGGGAAAUGAGAUUUAGAGUCUAGGAGCUCUGUCUGUUCAGAUGAACUGCAAAUAAAAGAUGUUAAAGGGGUGAUUUGAUCUUAGUCUAUGGGUAUGCGUGCUCCAGAAGAAGAAGUCUGGAACAGUGAGGGUUAUGCUGACUUUCCCAUCUUGUUUUUUUCUUUCCUAGACCUCCCGGACUCUAUUCCUUCUGUCUACAAGCUUGAGUCCUCCAAGGCGAGUAUCUCUGCCUGCCUCAUCACAGACUACUACCCUGACAAUAUCAUCAUCACGGACCGUGAUGGAUUGAACAAAUCAUUUCAAAGCUCCAUUGUGGAGGUGAAAGACCCAGGGAGCAACACAAAGGAAGCCAGCUAUGGAGCAGUGUAUUGGUCCCAAUAUGACUUUCAAGACGAUAUUAAAUACGGAUUGAACUACAAAACCAGAUGCCGGGAGAGUGCUGAAGAUGAGGAAGAGACAUGUACAACCAUGGAGAUGUCUCAUGACUUUGAGACAGAUGAGCAUCUGAACUUGCUGUCCUUCACGGUGCUGGGUAUGAAAGUUGUUUUCUUCAAGGGCGUCACGUGCAAUCUGCUCGUGACCUUCCUCGCCUGGAAGAGUUAAGGUGUGAAAGGAAUGUGGACAUGGGAAUGAUGGGAAUUACUAACAGCCCUCCUGUCCUCCUCUCACCAGACCGUCCCAUACAGCAAGUGAUGAGCACCACAGCAAUGGAAAAUGAUUGUCAACAAUCACCUCUGUACACGCAGCCGGCCGUAUAAUACUCAGAAGUGCUUUAGCUUAGGAUGUGUCAUAAGGAUCUUGCUUAUUGUUCCAUAACCCUUAUUACUUCCCACACAUGAACUAAUGCAUCUUCACAACCCUCUUGUGUGAGCCAUCAGGUUGCUAACUUAAACUUGCUAAGCAUGUUACAAAACAAAAAAACCCAAAAAACAACAAAACAAAACAAAGUUUUUUGUUUUUUUUUAAUGGAAAGUCAUGGGUAUCUUCCCUUUAUUAAAUUAUAACUUUUCAAAAAGUGUCUUUCAUAGGAAAAAGUGUCUUUCAUAGGAAGGGACUAUUUUUUUGUUGAGAGCCCUACAAAGCCAAAGUAACCAGUUGGGUUAAAGGCAAACAUUUCAGACAAACAUGUUUUAGGUGGAAACAUUCAACUUCCAAUGAUCACAUAAAAACUGAGCAGCUGAGAAAAAUAUCCCCCAAAGUAUAUCCAUGUGUGGGAGUUUUUAUUAAACAAAAAACAUCCCUGGGGAUGGCAAACCACUAUCAGACCAGAAAUUUGGGGGAUAGAUGGAAACAGAUUAUGCAACAUAAAGUCCCCUUCCUCUGCCUGGCACUUUCAAAGGGGAGUGAAGAUAGCUGGGAGCUAACUUGCACUUGAAAUUCAAUAGAUGGGAUCUAGACAGGCAACUCCGCUGGGCUCCUUUGCAAAGUGCAAAAUGCCAGCCUGCUGAUUUCUAAUAGCCCUGGACUUUUUAAAGCAGAUGGUUGGAGGCUGAAACAAAAACUUGUGCACAACAAAGACGAGAGCAGUGAGCUGUUGGAACAUCUUAGCCAGGGAUGGGGUGGGUUCUGCACUCCUGGCAGGCUGGGUGUCUUUUCCAGAAGAUGGUUGUUAGCUUAACCAGGAGUUAAGGGCUUGAGGUAGUUGUUGUGAGUGGCAUUGGAAGCUUUUACAUGGUUUGUGGAGGUUAGGACAGGGGCACAGUGUGGCACUUCUGGCUUUGAUGACUUACAGAGCUCACACACACAUGCUCUCCAUAACCCACCUACCUGCCAACCAUUUGCUCUCCAGAACUUGAGCCCAGACUCCUAGCUGCUGUAAGUCGGUAGGACUGAUCUGAAUGCAGUUCUGGAAGAUGCAGUGUCCUCAAACACAAAUGAGCAGGCUUGUUACGGGGGGUAGGUAAUCUGCUGGCCUCUUCUAAUUAAUUCAGUGCUAGAGCUCAAUGCUGUCUCAGGAUUUGGCCGCUGCCCCCUGCCCCCACCCAUCGCCAUCCCUUUUUCCUCUUUUAAAUCCUUUUUUAUGGCAUCUUUUAUCUCUGUUCACUCUCUCCUAUCCAAAUAUAAUCACUUAUCAUUUAUUAAGUCAUGUAAACUACAUAGUAUCUACUCAUGUUUAUUCUCUGGGGGGGAAAAAAAGCAUAGUUAUUUGUAUGAAUUUUCCUUUCCUCCUAAGUUUCUUUGGAUCAUCCUGUAGCAAUGUUUAUGCUUGCAAAUGCUGUGUGCUACUAUUAAAGGUCUUUGUUGGUA